AUGGGAUUUUUAGGGGUCUACAUUGCGGUGUAUGAUUAUACGCCGCAGGCAGAAAAUGAGCUGGAAAUCAAGGAAGGGGAUUUGCUAUAUGUGAUGGACAAGAGCGUCGAGGACGAUUGGUGGAAGGCGAAGAAAAAGGCCGCUGAGGAUGAUGAGGAAGAACCUGUUGGAUUGGUGCCGAAUAAUUAUGUUGAGGAGGCGCAACCGAUCAGCAAAGCAAAGGCACUCUAUGAUUAUACCCGCCAAACCGAUGAAGAGGUGUCUUUUGCGGAACAAGUUGAACUCGUUGUCUACGACACAUCGGACCCAGAUUGGACCUUAGUAGGCGUUAACAAUGAUUUUGGCUUUGCGCCCGCCAACUACAUUGAGAUAACAGAGGAAUUUCUGGCCAAAGAAGCUUCCUCUGCACCCCCCCAUUCAUUGCCUACAAAAUCAGCUGAGACAGAGUCCGAGGGAGCAUUAACCCCAGCAUCUCAUUCCAGUGCGGAUGCAAGUCCUGCGGCUGCGUUAGCUGGUAUCCUCCACAAAAGCCAGCCAUCGAUAUCGGAACAGUCUCGGCCGGUUCCCUCUCCUCAAGCUCCUCAACCAGCCCACCAACCAACAUUCACACCGGAGGAAUCUGACGGAGAAGAUGCAACACCCCCACCGGCUCUUCCGCGACGUCCUCCAUCUCAGCAGAAUACUCCAUCUUCUCAGUUACCUUCUCCGCGCGAUCCCUCUCCACCGCGCCCAAAACAUGCCCCUCUCAGGGACGAGGAACCCUACGGCGUCCAGCCAUCUCCACCUUACAGAUCCGGGGAGUUCAAUCCUGACCAGCGGUCUGCGAUUUCGCCCUCUGGAUACCAUCUUUAUAACAUUAGCGAAAUGGUUUCUGUAAUGGGAAAAAGGAAAAAAAUGCCGACAACUCUCGGAAUAAAUAUCAACACCGGAACGAUUUUUAUUUCGCCGGAGAAGUCUAUUGAUGGACCACACCAGGAGUGGACAGCGGAUAAACUCACACACUACUCAAUCGAAGGGAAGCACGUAUUCAUGGAUCUUAUUCGACCCAGCAAAAGUGUCGAUUUUCAUGCCGGCGCAAAAGAUACCGCAAACGAAAUUGUUUCUGCACUAGGCGAGAUUGCUGGCGGAUAUAGAGCUGAAGGACUUAGAGAAGUAAUUGCUGCUGGUACCGGAGGUGCUCGGAAAAAAGGCCAGGUAUUAUAUGAUUUUAUGGCUCAGGGCGACGAUGAAGUCACUGUUGCCGUGGGUGACGAAGUUAUUAUACUAGAUGACAGCAAGUCAGACGAGUGGUGGAUGGUGAGGCGCCUGAAGACCGGCAGGGAAGGGGUCGUUCCUAGCAGCUAUGUGGAGCUUACAGGCGUAGUGAGCACAGACGAACCUAGCAGAAAGGGCACAAACGCAGGACUUUCCACUGUUGAACAGAACCGACUUGAGGAAUCGCGUUUGACAAAAGAGACGGCGCGGAAAUCAAAGAGCCAUGAUUCUAGUAACUCGCGUGGCGGAGAGGUAGGCCCAGGCAUACAGCUUCCUGAGAGAGGUAGUAGUUUGUUUCCCAGAGAAAGUAGUAACCAUCGUUCACAGCGUCAGAAGCGUGAUAGCCGGUCGAAACCAAAACCAGACCCUUUGAAAACACGAAAGUGGACCGAUAGAACUGGAACCUUCACUGUUGUAGCUGAGUUUAUCGGGCUUGCCGAGGGUAAAAUCCAUCUUCAUAAGCAGAAUGGUGUGAAAAUCGCCGUUCCUGUAUCGAAAAUGUCUGUGGAUGACCUUGAAUAUGUUGAGCAAGUCACGGGCCAAUCUCUCGACGAAGACAAGCCACUUUCCGACAUCCGACGUCGAAGUCGCCUUAACGACGCCGGGAAAGUUGGUGCGAGUGUGAAAUCUUCCGAUUAUGACUGGUUUGACUUUUUCCUGAAGGCCGGCGUCGGGCCUCACCAGUGCGAACGGUACUCCCAUAACUUUAACAAGGGAUUCCAUGGACGAGAGUGUUUUACCAGAUAUCACCACAGAGACACUACGCACAUUAGGCUUGAAGGAGGGAGAUAUUCUGCGAGUAAUGAAAUACCUUGA